UCACAUUCUGACCAUUACACUUGGGAACAUCAUCACCCCAACACUUUAAUCACUAAAAGUUUGUGAGCGGAAACAACUACAACCACCUUAUGCAAUAAACCAUGCAAAGUAUCAAUUCCUGGAACAUUGUCAAGGACAUCACACAUAUCCUUUCCGCCCUUAAGUUUACAAAGUUGUUACGUCGCAAAACAGUCUCAUCUUUGGCAAAAGAUAUAGCAAUCGUUGCUGCCGGUAUUCGUGUCGCGCAUCUCGUGGAUGUUGCAUAUCUCAAACGGGAGGAGGCGUCAGAAUUGCAGCAUCAACUACAAUCGCUUCCUAUAUGUCAACCUCUCUACAUCAUUCACAUUGGAAACGAGUACACUUUUAUAUGUCACCGACAUCUAUUAGAGCACCAAGUCAUCCAUUGCGAUGACUACAGUCGAUAUUACGUCUGUAUUGACGAGGCUUUGCGGGGUCCUACAUUGCAAUCGUUCUGCACACCGUUAGCACAAUUUAUACACCACCAAUUGAAGCCGGCGUUGUCUGGGCCCGAUAACCUUCUGACUAUCGACCCAAUCCCUUCCUUUAUGAUUUCCCUUACCGGUUGGCUGUUGGAGUAUCCUGUCAUAUACGUUCAAUCUGUUGCUGAUAAAGAGGAUGCGUCACUAGAGUGGCGCCCGGCGUCAGGGAAUUCAUUAUCUGGGGUUCCUUUAACUGUGGUCACUGUGGGUAUCGGAUUUGGACAAGAACGGUAAGUCUAGUGUAUAAAAGAAAAAUGCUUAU